AACUGCAACUUCCACUUCCAUUCCCAGUUUCAGCAUCACAGCGACAACACCUGAUCUUUAGUCUUUCCUCCGUUCUAUCUUGCUUGUCCCUGGCAAGUUUGAGUGUACAAGGAGCUGAGGAGAGCUAGAUAGACAAGGGAGAGGACAAGUGUAUUGUGAGUUCUUGGCUCAUAAUUAAUUACAGCAGGCUUAGAGCAAGUUUGAGUUUGAGGAGACAUGGGAAAGCUUGUGAGGCAAUGUGACAUGGAGGUCAUGAAGAUGGCCAUGCUCAAGCAUGAGGAGACCUUCAGGCAACAGGUUCACGAGCUACACCGCCUGUACCGCAUCCAGACACAGCUCAUGGGGGCCGACCUGAGCACCCGCCGGCAGCCGCGGCGGCGCGGCAACAAGCAGCCACGCCGGGCGCUCAACCUGCAGCUCCCCGCCGAUGAGUACAUCGUUGGCGCCGCCGACGAGUACAUCGUUGGCGCCGUCAACGACGAGGACGACGACCGCUGUGGCACUGGAGCAGAGCUGGAGCUGACACUCGCCGUGGGUGGGAGGAGGACCGGCACCGCCCGCAAGAACAACGUUAGCAAGAGAGGAGAAGCCAAACACAACGGCCCCGGCGGCUUGUCCUCCCCCUUCGCUUCUGACUACUCCGGAGGCACGAGCCUCUCGUCGUCGCCGCCGUCGUCGGCCGAGUACUCCGAGGGCACCGUCGGGGUUGCGCUCCACGGUUACCCGGGGGUGCCGCCGUGCCAGAGAGCGAUGACGUUCGACCUCGGCGUGGCGGAGGCGAUGAAGCAGCACCAGUCGCCCUGGCAGCUGGUGCAGUGCCAGUACCUCAGCCUCAGGAUGACAUGAAUGAAUGAACUCCUUCGAAGCUCGGUGAUCAUAUAUAUCAUCAUCAUCCAAGCCAUGGCCAUGGCAUGACCGCAUCGUACUACUUAGUAGGUUUGUGUUGCAUUGUAGAAGCAGUAGCCAUGGAGUACUCCUUAUCUUUUCUUUCCUUUUUUGCUGUUGCUUAGAUGUGUGCCAUUGAUGGAGCUUGGGGAGGAUCGAUCCGAUCCUGCUCCCAAGCUGCUAAUUGGUUAAUCAUGACAAAUGAGUGCAUGCUGAUUGAUGUCAUCGAUGUUCAGAGUUGAGACUGGUGUGAAUUGAUGAAUAAGAUGCCAUGUUCAUGAUU